UAUAAUCAUAUCGUACUUUGAAAUGAUCGACGAUACCCUUGGUUCUAUCUGUACUUAUACUUUACAAGAUAUCAUCGGCUUUGGAGGCUCCUCCAAGGUAUUCUCUGCUACUGAUGAGAAUAUGAACAAGUUUGCUAUUAAAGCUAUCCGCAAAGACAAAGGAUACGAAGCAAGCGUAGAGUCCAUGAUGGUUCUGAGAGAAUACCUUGUCAUGGAACACAUCGGAGAGCACCCAAACAUCUGAAAACACUUCUCUUGUAAUCCAGAGGGAACAUUACAGCAUGAAGGAGAACUCCAAACUAUCAGCUAUAAUGUAAUGGAAUUCUGCGAGAAUGGAUCCCUGUCCACGAUCAUUAAACGUACUGGAGCUAUCGAAGAAAGCAUAGCUAGGUUUAUAUUUUUGCAAAUGUCUUCUGCCAUAGAAUUUCUUCACUCACAAAAUUUCUGACAUUUAGACAUUAAACUCGAAAAUACACUGCUUGAUGAAUUCUUUAAUGCUAAACUUGCAGAUUUCGGAUCAGGAGUUAGUCUAUUAAAAACUGCAGGCCAGACUAAUCACAAGGUUGGAACCCCUCUUUACAUGGCUCCAGAGGUUAAGGAUCUUUCUCCAAACGAUACCUUCGACGGACUGAAAGCAGAUAUCUACAGUCUCGGAGUUACUCUUUGAAUAAUGCUACUAGGUGAAUUCCCAAAACAAUUUACUAAAGAGAAUACCUCAUCUACGAUUGGAUCCUCAGAUGUAACAGAUGAUGAGAUUAUGAGUUGUGCUGACGAAGAAGAUCAGUACAUCCAAGAAAACUACCUUUCUUCAGAAUGAAACGAACUUCUCACCUGGAUGCUCCAGGCUGACCCACUUAAAAGACCUUGCAUUCAGGAAAUACUUUCUCAUCCUUGGAUUUCCCAGGCCUCUUAUGAGGGAAUGGAAUCCGAAGUUUAUUCUGAAAUGAAAGCCAGGAUAGAUAGCAUCACUAAUAAAAGAUGCUCUUAAAUUAUUACUUCAUAUUUUAGCGAACUGAGUUACUUAUAGGAUAUAACUCCUAUUCAGUAAGCUUAUACUUCACUUUACUCCCCUU